GUUGCAGAUGUCGCUGCAAGCUCGAAACCACAUAUCAUUCAUAUCCUUGCGGAUGACUUCGGUUGGGCUGACGUGGGGUACCACCGUGAGAAGGGGGAUUCCGACGUUCAGACGCCUAAUCUUGACGCGCUCGCAAGGUCUGGCAUUGAGCUUGAUCGGUUCUACACAUACCAGUUCUGCUCUCCUGCAAGAAGCGCGAUUCAGACUGGGCGCAAUCCCAUACACGUGAACGUUCAGAACGUGAAUCCUGAAUGUGUGAACUCACGAGAUGUUCAGGGCGGAUUUCAGGGUAUUCCUGUGAACAUGACCGGUAUCGCAAGCCAUCUACGGACGGCUGGCUACAGCACACACAUCAUCGGGAAGUGGGAUGUGGGAAUGGCUACCUUCCAGCACCACCCGAGAGCCCGAGGAUAUGAUAGUUGGUUGGGUUACUGGCACCACAGUAACGACUACUGGCAGCACACCGUGGACCACUGUGGGCUACGCAAGAUCAAGGAUUUGUGGAAAUACAACGCAUCCUAUGACGGUCCAGCAUGGGAGCUUGCGAACGGACACUCCUGUUCCCAAGAGAACCAGAGUCCGGCAAAUGAGAUUUGUGUCUACGAGGAACAACUUCUCACAAAUGCCGUCAAAGAUGUGAUUCGCGCGCAUGACGAUUCCAAGCCCCUGUUCCUGUUCUGGUCAAUGCAUUUGGUGCACAUGCCGCUGCAAGUGCCCAUCUCAUAUGAGCAAAAGUUUGCCUUCAUCAAGGACAAGCAUCGUCGCCUACUGCAUGCUAUGGUUCAUUAUAUGGACGAUCAAAUUGGAGAUGUUGUCCAGCUGCUCAAGGAAAGAGAAAUGUGGAACCACAGCCUCGUAGUUUUCCACAGCGACAAUGGUGGAGAGAUUAUGGGUGCUGGAAUGUGUGGGGGCAAUAACUGGCCGUUGCGAGGAGGCAAGUUCUCCAACUUUGAGGGUGGAAUCCGGGUUAAUGCCUUCGUGGCAGGUGGGCUCGUACCGUCCUCUCGUCGCGGAGCUCGCGAUGAGGGCUAUGCGACUGCAUGGGACUGGUAUGCCACCUACGCCGCGCUGGCUGGUGUGGAUCCUGCUGACCAUCAAGCAGCAGCGGCUGGGCUGCCGCCGCACGACUCCCUUAACCUUUGGCCGUGGCUGUCUGGACAAGAAGCGCGUUCACCACGCCAGGAAGUCAUCAUCGGUGAGACAUCCGCUUCAACACCAAACAGCGAUGGCCAAGCAUUUGUGGGUGGAGUAAUUCGUGGGAGGUACAAGCUGCUGGUCGGUGUGGACGUGCGAAAAUGGAAUUCCAUGGGCCUCCGGCAGCAGGUGAGUCAAAAUGUCAUGACCGGCCCGAAAUGGCCAAACACAAGCAGCCACCUGGUGCCGCUUUUGCACCCACGACGCUGUGCUCGAGAUCCUGAGCAGGGAUGCCUCUUUGACAUAUUUGAAGAUCCAGGCGAAUCUACAUCGCUUGCUGCAAUCAAGCCGGAUUUGUUCUACGAGAUGUUGGCUCGCGUGGACGAGUUGCAAAAGACUACAUAUUCUCCAGACAGAGGCUCCAAGGAUAUGGCUGCAUGCCAAAAAGCUAAGACACAGUACAGGGGCUACUGGGGGCCUUGGAUGACUGAGCUGAAGGAUGUCAGCAUUUUGGUCUAA